CUAAUCAAAGGAAACUUAAUUUAGCUUAUGAUAUCUCAACUCAUUAAACUAGUCAACUCUAUUCUAAAAAUUACUUCAACCAUAGAAAGAUUAGAUAAAUCAUCAUGAAAAUCUAUCUUUUAAUUAGCAUAGUUUUGACAGUCAUUAUUACAUUAUUGUCAUUGUGUCUAUUUCAUUAAUUCAUAAUGCAAAGAAAACUCACACCCAAUUCUUCAUGUGAUUAUUACUUAGAAUUAUUUUUCCAUGAAAAAAUCUCUUAAAACCAGCAUUUAGCAUUCAUGCCCAUGCACACCAAGUCUCAUUCGUCAUCACACACUCAAGGAUCUGUCUAAACAGUAGAUUUCCUAGGAGCCAAGACUGUAUGGAAGAAAGUACAUAUAGAAUUCACAUGGACAGACAGGUGAGAAAGGGGGCUCAACCAGUAGAAUACUGUGUCGUCCACGUGGGCAAAGUCAAAAGAUAUUUUGAAUUUCAUUAAACUCAAAUACUAAGAUGAUUAAAGAAGAUCCAAUAUGACCAGGGGUGUGAAGUUUUUGGGUUACUGUUGAAAGUAUGGAGAUGGUUCAGGAAGAAAGGGCGAUGAUGGGGAAGAACAUGACAAAUGGAAGAUUAGGCAGAGCUAGGCUUUGGAGACCGAGCUGGUUCUGUUCCAGGAAAGGGUCUCUAUCCCUGUUCAUAGGGCUGAGCAAGGUUAGGGUUUUGAGCUAGUUUUGGUUGAGAAAGAUUUGAUCCAUCCAGUGUGAAUUCCGCAGCACUGGCUAGCGUUCGGAGUUCUUCUGUGGUAGUUUCCAAUAAUUUCAGAAUUUUGAAGGUAUCCACUAAUGGAGCAAGCAAAGAAAAUUAUAGCUGAUCAUGGUUCUGAGUUACCAAGCCUGACUAGAACAAUGUCUAGAUCAAAUGUUGCCAAAGGGUUCUGGAUGUAUUUUCCUAGGAGUUUCUGCAAGUUGCAUUUGCCAGAAAAUGAUGCAACAAUCAUUUUGGAAGAUGAGGCUGGAGAGGAAUAUGAAACAAACUUUCUUGUCAACAGAUCCGGGUUGAGUGCUGGAUGGAGAAAAUUCUCCUUGGACCAUCAACUAAAAGUGGGUGAUAUCUUAGUGUUUCUUUUGGUCGGGCCUUGUAAAUUCAAGGUGUUCAUUGUGAGGGUCGAAAACACAAUAGAAGAUGAUGUUGCUGGAUGCCUUCUUGAUUUGAGGGACAGUCGACGAAAAAAUCCCUCACUUGGAAGAAGAUCAAGCAGAGAACAAUAACCUGUUUAUGGAGCCAUUCUGUAUGGACAUUUCUCAAGAGAAUGCUCUGAAGUUUCAGAGAGUAGAGGUUUUUGAUUAGAAAAUCCUCAGGCGGAUAGCAGACUGUUAAUUCAUUUCAAGUUUUGGAAUUUUGGUUUUAUAUAUACAUUAAUAUUUGAGAAAUUGAUGGAUAGAUGCUCCUUUUUCAGUUGCCUAUUCUCAAUUAUGGUUGAAUUGGGUUUAUGUUGGCCUUACACACUUCCUCAUGCUUGCCCAUCAAAACUAACAUUUUUUCUUUGGAGAAGUCCGGGUUUUUGGAAACCUUCAAAUCACAGGUUCAAACAAUAAGCUUAGGGUUAAUUUCAUUCACCUCUCCUGAGAUUUUAACUAAAUACAUUUAGCCCCUAUAAAUUUGAAAUUUCAUCAUGCGCCUCUUUUAUUUCGAGUGAAAGUAUUUGAUAAAAUUUCAAACCUACAAAAAUUAAAUGUAUUUAAUCGAAACCUCAGUGUAAUAAAUGAAAUUAAUCCAUAAUCUUAUUCUCAUUCUCAACUUUAACUGUUGUUUAUAAAAGAUAUUUGCUUUCUUAAACUUGUUGACAUGAAAAAAUAAGGGAAAAAAUAUAUAUUUUAAAAAUAUUGAGAAAUGAAAGGCAUAAUUAAUUUUUAAAAAUCAAACAAAAUUUGAAAGGAAAUUAAAUAGGGUAUUUUUAUUAAAAAAAUUAAAUUAUAAAUUCUUUUAAUAAAUUUAUCUUACAAUAGAUAAAGAAAUUCUAAUUAAAUUUAAAGAAUGAGUUUUUUUUUUUUUUUUUAAUGAUAUUGUAUUGCAGAGGGGUAAAGAGGUACCAACCAUGACAUAGAAAUCCCAGAAAAAUGAAAAUUUUAAAACUUAAAAAUAAAAUAAAAUAAUAGGUAUAAUUACGAAAAACUUUGAGGCCAUAUCGUAAAUUAAUAAAAAAAAAUUUAAAUUUUGGCUCCAAUGCUGUAGAGGAUGGAGUCUUUUCCAAUACAAAAAACUGAAAAAGGGUCACAUCCUCUUUUCAUUACAGCCACCGUACAAAAGACAUCCAUUUUUUAAACGAAACGGUCGACUUUCUAACUUUCUCUCCCCGUGUCCUCUCUCCAUUACUCUGAACUGAAUCUCUCAAGAGAAGUGUGAGAGAGCUUUCUGAGUUCUGGGUUGCCAUCUGUAUUGGUUAUGGCAGUAGUUGAAGAAGAGAAAGUGAAGGUAAAGGAUGAAGUCCAGCAACUGAAGCAACGGACUUCAGAGAUGAAGAGGAAGCCAUCUGCUAAGAGAACGUGCCCAGAGAUGAAAAGGCACUUGGAUCAUACCCAGAAGAUCAAGAAAGAAGUUUCUGAUGCUCAGCAGAAGGCCACAAGUUGCAAGAGAAUAAGGGUCGACACAGAUCAUAUCACCAAUGGUAAUGAGGCAAAAUCUUCUGUCAUGGAGAGAGCAGAGAAGGUUCAAAGGAAUCUGCCUUCUGAAAUCCCUAGCAUGAUUAAGUCUAUGCUACCAUCACAUGUUACAGGCGGUUUUUGGCUGGGUCUUCCUAAGAAAUUCUGCGAUGUGCAUUUGCCAAAGUAUGAUACUACAAUUAUUUUGGUGGAUAAAAGGGGGGCUGAAUAUAAGACAAAGUUUCUUGUGGGAAAGACAGGAUUGAGUGGUGGAUGGAGAGGAUUUUCAAUUGCUCAUAAUUUACUUGAAGGGGAUGUUUUGGUUUUUGGUCUGGUCCAACCUACCAAAUUCAUGGUAUACAUUGUGAGAACAAAUGGUUUUGAUGAAGUAGAUGGGGCUCCUCUUGUGCUUCUGAAUUUAGAGGCUUGUGUAAAACAAGAAGAUUUUGAUCUAGCAGGGGAGGAUAUCAAGAGGUGGAAAAAUGGAGAGGUGAAGUGUUUGAAGAAUUGUUUGCCAAACAGUCCUCAAGAGAAUACUAAGAAGGAGAGCCUAUCAGUAUCAACUACUGAACUUGGCCUUGCAGCAUGUCAGUCAGAAAAUGACAGUGAUGGGCAUGGUUCAGAAGUCUUGGAGAGGAUUAGAUUCUCAGAAUCUGCUGUUGAUUUUAAAGAAGUGAAAAGUAUGGAAGCUUUCUCCAUUCUUGUGAAUGGUUUGAUCAUAAACUCUGAGUUUUCCAAACACCUCCAGACCAAGUACUAUGAACUCUGCUGCAGUCAGAAAACUUAUCUUCAUGAUCAUCUUCUAGAUGGCCUCAACUAUAAGCUGGCUGCUGGAAUCAUUUCAGAGACUGUAAACAUUGCUGAUGCCAUUAGAGCUAGCAAGCUCACCACCUCUAGAGAUAAUUUUUCUAUUUGGAGCAAGACCCUAAAAGCCUUCCAGGAGUUGGGGAUGAAUGUCGGCUUCUUACGAGCUCGGUUAGACCAACUUAUGAGCUUUGGCUUUGUAGAAAACAGGAAGAGAGAAGCUAGGCUUGAAAGAGUUAGUGCAGAAGAGAAGAUAAGAGAUCUAGAAGGGAGUCUUCUGCAUGUCAAAGAAGUGAGAAAGAGGCUUAAUGCUGAAAUUGAGGCUCUGGAUUCGCCUGCUGCAGAGAAGCAUGAGUUGAUGUUCCAGGAACUAGCUAAAUCCUCAUGGUGAAGUUUGUCCAUUUCUUUUUGUGUCACAUAUGUAUAGUUUCUUGCAGAAUUACACUUAAACUCGUCAGGAAUCUACAAUGGAAGAACCUGGGGAAUGUUUUUUUUUUUUUCACCUUUGGAGCAUUUCCUUUUGACAUGAAAGGGAAGGCACUCAUGAACCUGGUAUUUUCCUUAUCAUCUUUAUCUACCAGGUCUUAUUUUUUGAAUAUUCAUUCAUUGGGGUGAUGAUGUUGCUC